AUGUCAAACGAAGGUCAAGAAGAAUUAUUAGAUUAUUCUGAUUCAGAAGAAAUUGCUGUACCAACUACAAAUCAAAAUAUUGAUGAUAAUAAUAAUUCAAAUGAUACUGAUAAAAAAGGUUCUUAUGUUGGUAUUCAUGCUACUGGUUUUAGAGAUUUUUUAUUAAAACCUGAAUUAUUAAGAGCUAUUGGUGAUUGUGGGUUUGAACAUCCUUCUGAAGUUCAACAAGUUUGUAUUCCUCAAUCUAUUUUAGGUACUGAUGUUUUAUGUCAAGCAAAAUCUGGUUUAGGUAAAACUGCUGUAUUUGUUUUAUCAACUUUACAACAAUUAGAUCCUAUACCUGGUGAAAUUUCUACUUUAGUUAUAUGUCAUACAAGAGAAUUAGCUUAUCAAAUUAGAAAUGAAUAUGCAAGAUUUUCAAAAUAUAUGCCAGAUGUUAAAACUGAAGUAUUUUAUGGUGGUACUCCAAUUAAAAGAGAUAUUGAAAAAUUAAAAAAUAAAGAUACUUGUCCUCAUAUUGUUGUUGCUACACCUGGUAGAUUACAUGCUUUAGUUCAAGAAAAAUCUAUUAGAUUAAAUAAUGUUAAAUCAUUUGUUAUUGAUGAAUGUGAUAAAGUUUUAGAAUCAAUUGAUAUGAGAAGAGAUGUUCAAGAUAUUUUUAGAGCUACUCCUCAUCAAAAACAAGUUAUGAUGUUUUCAGCUACUUUAUCACAAGAUAUUAGACCAGUUUGUAAAAAAUUUAUGCAAAAUCCUUUAGAAAUUUAUGUUGAUGAUGAAGCAAAAUUAACUUUACAUGGUUUACAACAAUAUUAUAUUAAAUUAGAUGAAAAAGAAAAAAAUAGAAAAUUAUCUGAUUUAUUAGAUUCAUUAGAAUUUAAUCAAGUUAUCAUAUUUGUUAAAUCAACUCAAAGAGCAAAUGAAUUAAAUAAAUUAUUAUGUGCUUGUAAUUUCCCAUCAAUUGCUGUUCAUUCAGGUUUACCACAAGAAGAAAGAAUUGAAAGAUAUAGAUCAUUUAAAGAAUUUAAUAAAAGAAUUUGUGUAUCAACUGAUGUAUUUGGUAGAGGUAUUGAUAUUGAAAGAAUUAAUUUAGCAAUAAAUUAUGAUUUACCAAAUGAAGCUGAUCAAUAUUUACAUAGAGUUGGUAGAGCUGGUAGAUUUGGUACAAAAGGUUUAGGUAUAUCAUUUGUUUCAACAAAAGAAGAUGAAGAAGUUUUAGAAAAAAUUCAAAGUAGAUUUGAUGUUAAAAUUACUGAAUUUCCAGAAGAAGGUGUUGAUCCAUCAACUUAUAUGAAUACUUAA